AUGGCGUACGACCGAAGCGAAUUCGUGCGUCUCUUAACAGACUACUACAACUUCUGCAACCGCGUCUUUUGGAACGCUACUGUCGCGCAGGCGCCCUCCGGCGGCUGGACCUCGAUCAACCAGGAAACUCUAGCCCCCCUCAAGAGAAACGACACUGUUCUUGACCUCCUCCGCUACAUCCCCUACAUCGACUCUCCCGGCAACAACCUCGCCCUAUCGCCGUUCGUCAUGAAAGAAACUCCCGUGACUGACUACCGCAGCGAGGACUUGCAAAAAAAGAUUCGCGAGGACUACAUUGAAGGCCCGGUCGAGGCCAUCACUGGUCAGGACCCGCCGCUCCCGCCCUCGUGCGCCGUAAUCGCUAUCUGCAGGAGCCGAAAUGGUUACGAGGUCAUCCUGGACACUGCCGACGGUUAUAUCUACUGGAGAGAGCCGACCGGACGGCAUGACGAGCCUGCUCCCGCGCUGAACAGCACCCUGGAGCGGUUUCGCGGUGACCCGGCGAAUGAGUGGCGGCUCGCCGGAUUCAACGUAUACGAGCCCGCUGACUUUUUCGCACUCUGCAAGGAGCGGUACCGAAACCUCAGCUGGAUUGGCCUCGGGCCGUUAAAUAUGUCCGUGAUGAGAAGGAACAUGAACUGGGAGUACGAGUCGGACCCUGACUCCGAUUCAGACCCAGAGGAUGACUUUAGCCACAACAAGAUAGCCAGGAAGAUGAAGAAGGCUGGAUGGCCUGGCGAUGGGGAGGGGCGCGGGUGGGAUAGGGAGAAGUUUGAAAGACUACUCGACCAAGGCAACAAUGGGCAAAAAUGA